AUGGACUGUCACAUUGACUCGCUCGUUUUUCACGCCAAAAUCGCCAAAAUCGUCGACAGCAUCUCUCGCAAGGUCUACUCUCUCCACCGCGUGCCCAAGCCAGCGCGUCUCGCACCAGCCCAGACAUUCGGCCAGAAGCUGUAUGCCUGGCGAGAGGAACUGCCACCUCAUCUUGGAGCAAUACGGCCCCUCAGUCUGAUACCCUCGUUUCGACGACAGUCCAUGGGUCUGAAACUGUCAUAUGCUCAUGCGCUGAUGCAUGCCAAUCGGCCCUUUCUAAUGGGGGCCGAUCGCACAGAAGAGGAGGAGAAAAGCACGAUAGUCUGCAUCAACGCAGCAAAGCUCGCACUAGACACUGUGGACAGCGUUGUAGGCGACACAAUCAUGUUCCACGCCUUUUGGUGGACGCCAUACGUGACCUUUUGCGCCUUGACAAAUGUCUACGUCUGGGAAAUCCAAAAGGGAGCGAGUAAUGCUGACAACCCAUAA